AUUUUUCACCGACACUGUGUGUGACUAGCAAGCGCGGUAGCUACCGACACCAUCUAAUUUAGCGCAUAAAACAGGGUCUGAACGCACAUAUUCCAGUCGCAUCACUUCUGCAUCCAUUUGAGCUUGAGGGUCACCAGCAGUCUUGGACUCAGCGACUGGACAGACAGCUAACCAUCUAUCCUACGGCCUUCCUGAUGACCAGUCCCUGGGUCAUGUGACACGUGCUGAGAGAGCGAGAGAGACUUACACACACUGACUGACUCGCAAGGGACAGACCGGCCGAGAGCAAGUCACCCGACAGAAGGCGUCAGAGAGAGAGAGAGAGAGAGCAGGAGAGAAAAGCAUGGGUGUGGGGAAGAACACCACCUCCAAAUCUCUGGACUCGGGAGGAGAAGGAGGCAGAUACGACGAGGAGAGCAAGCACAAUGAGGACUUCUAUCCCAUGCCUGUGGUGAUAAGUGGGGUGGCCCAGUCCAGUCCAGACCAGGACACAGAGGACACGGAACUCAUGGCCAUUUACACCAAGGAGAACCGAGCCACAGAGAAGAGCUCUUUGUCUGAGACAUUGGAGAGUGUGGAAAGCCUGGAUGCGCAACGAAUGGACAUGAUUUACACUAUUGAGGACACUCCUCCCUGGUACCUCUGUCUGUUUCUGGGCCUGCAGCACUACCUGACGUGUUUCAGCGGGACCAUCGCUGUGCCGUUCCUGCUGGCUGACGCCAUGUGCGUGGGGUUCGACCAGUGGGCCACCAGCCAGCUCAUCGGCACCAUCUUCUUCUGCGUGGGCAUCACCACCCUGCUGCAGACCACGCUGGGCUGCCGCCUUCCCCUGUUCCAGGCCAGUGCUUUUGCCUUCCUGGCCCCUGCCCGUGCCAUCCUGUCCCUGGAGAAGUGGAAGUGUAAUGACACAGCCAUCCCUGUGCUGAACGGCACGGAGCUCUUACACACCGAGCACAUCUGGCACCCACGGAUUCGGGAGAUCCAGGGGGCCAUCAUUGUGUCGUCGCUGGUUGAGGUAUGCAUCGGGGCCCUGGGUCUCCCGGGGAUCCUGCUCAAAUACAUUGGCCCCCUCACCAUCACACCCACCGUGGCGCUCAUCGGGCUGUCCGGCUUCCAGGCGGCCGGGGAGAGAGCGGGGAAGCACUGGGGCAUCGCCAUGCUGACAAUCUUCCUGGUGCUGCUGUUCUCCCAGUAUGCCCGCAAUGUGCAGCUGCCCCUCCCCGUCUACCAGUCCAAGAAGGGCUGGACAUCCUACCGCCUGAAACUCUUCAAAAUGUUUCCAAUCAUCAUGGCGAUUUUGGUGUCGUGGUUGCUGUGCUUCAUCUUCACGGUGACGGACAUCUUCCCGCCACAGAAGGAUCAGUAUGGCUUCUACGCCCGUACCGAUGCACGCCGGGGUGUCCUCACCGCCGCCCCCUGGUUUAAGGUCCCCUACCCCUUUCAGUGGGGUUUGCCCACCGUGUCAGCUGCAGGGGUGAUUGGCAUGAUGAGUGCAGUGGUAUCCAGCAUCAUCGAAUCCAUCGGUGAUUAUUACGCCUGUGCCCGCCUCUCCUGCGCCCCCCCACCCCCCAUCCAUGCCAUCAACAGGGGGAUCUUCGUAGAGGGGCUGUCCUGUGUCCUGGAUGGCAUUUUCGGGACAGGAAACGGCUCCACUUCAUCCAGCCCCAAUAUCGGGGUGCUGGGCAUCACCAAGGUGGGCAGCAGACGUGUGAUCCAGUACGGAGCAGGCCUGAUGCUGCUCCUGGGUUUGGUGGGGAAGUUCAGUGCCCUGUUUGCCUCGCUGCCCGACCCGGUGUUGGGGGCGCUCUUCUGCACCCUCUUUGGCAUGAUCACGGCCGUGGGCCUGUCCAACCUGCAGUUCAUCGACCUCAACUCCUCCCGCAACCUCUUCGUCCUGGGCUUCUCCAUCUUCUUUGGCCUCAUGCUGCCCAGCUACCUGAAAGGGAACCCGCUGGUCACAGGCAUCGUCAGCAUUGACCAAGUACUGAACGUGCUCUUGACAACGGCCAUGUUUGUAGGGGGCUCAGUUGCAUUUGUGCUGGACAACACUAUUCCUGGCACUCCGGAGGAGCGGGGUAUCCGGAAGCUGAAGAGGGGGUCGGGCCCUGGUGCAGCCGAGCUGGAGGGCAUGCGCUCCUACGACCUCCCGUUCGGCAUGGACUUCCUGCGCAGGCACCGCGUCUUCCAGUACCUGCCCAUCAGCCCCACCUUCAGUGGGUACUCCUGGAUGGGGGUGGCGCAAGGGGCGUGUCGGAGAGGGAGAGGCGGAGGGGAGGGAGGGGGAGGAGGAGGCGUGGCUGCGGGUGGGGAAAGUAGCGUAUAGCAGGGCGGCGGGGUUGAGAGGAAGAGUUACAGAAGAGAGAUUUCAGAGCUGUGGGACAUUCCUUUUUUCCUCUUGGUGUUUCCGAUUUCCCUUCUCUGUUUUUUUCUCUCUUUUUUUCACUGUUAGUAUCAGUUGAAGCUCAAUAUUAACAUGGUGCCAUGGUCGACACUGAGUUGCCCCUUUGCGUCAGUAGGGAGGCCCACUUCAUUCUAGACAAGUAUAUCCCUGAUUUAUUAUCACGUUUGGUUUGAUCCAUUGAACAAGCCACGGUCUGAUUUACCCUAUCAAUUCUUGUCUAGAACCAACCAGCCUUAUUACAUAUUUGUGUGUUUGGGCCAUUACAGAGACGUUAUUCUAUAUAUUUGUCAUAUAAAGUGCAUCAUGCAGCACAUUGAAUUUCACACUACAUUGAACCUUACACUGCUGAGCUAUAAUUCCCCAAACUUCAGUGUCGCCUAAUUUCAGACUGUUCAUUUAAAGUGCAUCCAAGGGUUGUUUUCAGAGACAAGUAUACCCAGGGAACAUUGUUUUUGGCUUGCAGGGCAUUUAUCAGUAAUGAUGGUAAGGACCAUGUACUUGAUGUGCUCUUGUUGAGUCAAACCAAACACACUCCCUGGGUGUAAUCUUCAAGCACUUACUUAUAUAUACUCAGAUAAAUUACAUGCCCCAGUUGGAUAGAAACAUUGCACAAUUCAGAGAGCAACCCUCACGGGUUCCUUUAAAAAGCAGGAGGGGAGUCAAAACACCAGGGGAAAAAAAUACCGACACGGAACUGUCCUUACGACGUCCCCAUGACCAAGUCACGCCGUCCUGUGCCCGAGCUGCGGCUUGAGCUGGGGUCUCUCUGGAAAGAGCCCGAACAGACACAGAGAGACCGAGGGGGGCUGAUCGAUGGGGGAGAGGAUCCGAAUUUCUGUUUUCAAGCAAAGCGUUGGACGUUGGGAGGACAAAAGAGAGGCCUUUUGGGCCAGUAGCUUGCUGCCGAGAGAGCGCUCCCACGCAGCAGCAGCACAGGCAGCUGGCAGGGCCUAGUAGGGCUGCGCUACGCACAGAUAACACACAGCGGAUGUGAUCGCAAACACACGCACACGCCCUGAGCGCAUGCUGGCAGGGUCACGCUUCUGCAGGUGGCUUCUGUGAUCCACAGUGAAACACAUAGUGAUUGUGAUACUCUUUUUUUUUUGCACUACUUCUUGCCACGGAUCGAAAUGCACAGGCGCGUGCCCCUUUCGGGUAGCUUCACCGUAGUAUCCGUAUUUAUUAGGCAUGUCCACAAAUCCCCCACAGACUAAUUGAGCACAGCACAUUUUAUAAGUAGGCCGUCAGUUCAUUUGCACGUCGUAGUAGGUUUAAAAAAGAAAGAGAAAAGCUUAUGCUCAGGCCACAAGACACGGAAUUGAAACAGGAAACCAAGGAGCAGGAAACUGAUUUAUCCGUUUGCAGCGCCUGCCGCUUAUCUGUCCUCUAUAGAUAAAGAUGUUCGUUUCAGACUGUUGAUGA